UCUGUCUGAUGAACCGUGAAAGCUAAUAAAAAUAGUGCAAAAAUGGAUAGUGACACCAAAAUAAUUUAUAUAAACAACACAUCUCCUUCUCCUUCCAUCUUUACUUUCAUAACUGUCCCCGACUUAACUGUAAAACACGAUUCAGUGAGGCAAAAACUACGAUCCCCUUUGCACGCGCUAUUACAAAAAAAAUUUUUAGAUAAACAAACAGAAAAAAUAAGAGUAGCAAAUUAUAUUCUGAAUUUAAUUUGAGUGUGAAUAUUUUAUAAUUAAAACAAGACGUUGAAACAAAAAAAGGAGUGAUGUGUUUGUGAUUUGAACGCAAUAAAAGUGCAAGUAAUCGAUAAACAAUGUUCCAAUACGAGUACGAGAAGCGGCCGACGUCGGCGGCGAGCGACAGUCGCAUGUCGCGCGACUCCCGCGACUGGUACGCGCGACGACCGCUGCCGCCGCGACCCGUGUGCGACCAGCUGCCCAGCAAGACCACGGUGCCAUUAAAAGUAUGGAUCAUCGCCAGUGCAUCGUGUUUCGCCGUGUGCGCGGUGCUGGUACUGGCCACCAUCGUCAUCACCAAGUGGGGAACCACUGAGACCUACCAGCCUAGAGAAAUAUACGCAGAGAUACCAGAACCAGUUUACGCCACAUAUCCACUUAGACAUAAGACAACAACGGAUGGAGUAAAAGAAGAACCCGAUGAAAUCGACGAACAAACUCUAGAAAAACUGGGCAUAUUCAAAAACUUUGUAGGAAGACGUGACAAGAAGAAAACGGAGGACCUUAUAUCGAAACCACAACCUCAUCCAAUACACGAUACUAUACACCAUGUGGAAAGAAAGAUCGAAAAAAAAGACCAAGCGAAGCUUCCAGAUUUUAAAACUCAUCCUGACAAAGAUGAAGAAAACGAGAUCAUUCCAGAAUUCAAGCCGACUCUUCCAGAUGUAUUCAUGGAUACUGGAAUUAAACUACCCGAUGGAUACUUCGCAGGGCUAAAGCAGGCUGAAGAUUAUGAAGAAUACUACAACGAUGAGAACCUUUACGACGAUUACAUGCAAAGCAACACAAUGACUAGUUAUCUGAUUGAAAAGGUUCAGGAAUUACACGAUUGGGUGACCUCCGAUCCAGAUUUCCAAGCCAAAAAGGGGAGAAAGACUGGAGAUGAUUUCGGCCAUCUUUUAAAAGCCUUAAACGAGAGUCUGAUAGAAGGGAAUGUGACGAUUAUAAUGAAUAAGCUAAAGGAUAUCUACUUCGGUGAGAAUUUCACGGACCCGAACAGCAGUCGGAAGGUGAUUUUGAAGAACAACACAAGCUUGCUUUCGUUUGGCAUUCUGACGUUGGACGUGAUGCUGCUGCAUAAUAUACAGCUGAUGGCUUGGGAGAGUCAGGAAUCGGCUCGUCUGAAAAUGCUCAAAGACCCCGACGUGUUCGCUUUCAACGCUCUCUUCAUGGAGCCAAGUAAGGUGGAGGCCAAGAGGAAUGAAAUAUACCACUUCUAUGACAACGCCGCCGCGAAACGCACAAAUCGAAACAACGAAGAAGCUAUUGAGAAGAACUUACUAGAGAAUGUUCUAGAGAUCGGGAUGAGCACAGCCAGGGCGGCGAUACAUCUCGGAAGAGCAUAUAAGAACACAAGGAUGGUCCUCAAUCAAUUGUCUAAUAAGGAAGCAUUGAAUGCCAACAUACAAAACCAAAUCUCGCGGAACAUUGAUGCCAACACACACGCGUUACACCAUCUCCAGAGUUCCUACAACAAGAACGACUCCGCCAGUGCUGCCAACACUACAAACGUGUAUACCGACUUGGAUUGUGUGUGGUUGCUGUAUUGUAAGAAUCUGGUGGCUACCGCUAAACUCAGUGCGCCUUACGGGACUAUGGCGAGGAUAAAUGGGUUGGCGCUAAGGAUGCUGACGGGGGAGGUGCCAGUGGACAAGGCGCUGGACACGCUGCUGUACGAGGUGCUCGCCGGCUGGACGGAACUUAAGUGUGCCGACAUGUUCCCCAAGUGCAGUAAGGCGAACGCUGCAGGCAUAGUAUUAGACUCCAUUCUGCAGCCCCUACGAAAAUCACAAUCAACCGGUAGAUUGUAAUUACUACUUAGUACUUUUUAGAUUUUUUAGUAGCCGACAAAAAGUUAUCCAAAAGGAUUAUUUAUUUACUAUGUUUUUAGACGUUUGUGUACAUUAAUAAGCAUAAUGUUAUUUCUGAAAAGUACAUACUUGCUUAAUAGUCUUUCUAUGAUACGUAAGUCGUAUAUAUUUUAUACAUGUAAAUAAUAUUGUACUAUUAGAGAGUAUAC